GUGCUGACCAACCAUAGUAGUGAGGUUUUAUUUGUAAAAUUUUCAAAUAAUGGGACUUGUCUUCAUCUUCCAGAGAUGGUACAGUCAUCAUAUGGACGGUGGAUGAGGAUGAUACAAUGUCCCUGAAGCAUAGUCUGUAUCGUUGAGAAGGCCCUAUGUCCAUGAUGCCUGUGAAAUGGAGCUCUAACGAUGCAAGGCUGCUAACAUGUGAGAAAAAUAUGUAGGAAUCUGGAAAAUGGAUACUGGCAAACUUGUGUGCAAACUCAGAAUUUCUUGGGGAGUAGACAUCAGCGCAUGCACAGGGGGCCCAAACACAGAGAAUAUAUUCUUGGCCGACUGUGCGCCGUAUGGUUACAUCUAUUCCUGUAGCCUAGAUGGAGACCAUCUGAAAGUAGAUCAAAUAAAUAUGAUUCCAGAGGUUUCUGAUCUUACAGUGGCACCUGAUAAGCAUCUUGUAUGUGCCUGCAAGAAUAAUGAAAUUUGGUUCCUUAGCUUGGAUGGGGUUUGUGAAGCUAACAUAACAAUGAAAUGAUCCACUCUUGCUUCGGAGGAGCAAACUGUUCAUACAUUGCCGGUGGCAGUGUGGACUCUAAGGUAGUACUUUGAAGUUAAUGAUUUAACUCUCAUUUAUGCAUAAACCAUCAAGCUGUUGAGAUGCAUGCACCUGCCCCCAUUAGCCCUUACCUUCGUAUAUUCAUAGUAUGCAAGCAUGUAUUUAGGCCUCCAUGUCAUUUUACCUAUCGGCUUGUUAUUCAAAUAAUAUCCAUAUAUGUAUUGGCAUGUGUUUGUACUGUAUACAUAAUAUAAGUUUCA